GGGACGGGGACGGGGACGGGAGCGGGGAUAGCUAGCUCAUGUAGCCCUUGGCCGCGUACCGGUGGGUGGGCGAGCUACCCUGCUCGGGCUGCUGCGCCGAACUAUCCAUGGGUGGCUGUGUGGGGAGCCACCAUGACUCCUCGGGCAGUUUGAACGAGAACUCUGACGGAACCGGAGUGACACUUGGGCGGAACCAGCCUUUAAAGAGGGAGCGUCCCAAAUGGAAGAGCGACUAUCCAAUGACCGAGGGCCAGCUGCGCAGCAAGAGGGAUGAGUUCUGGGACACUGCGCCAGCCUUUGAGGGCCGCAAGGAGAUCUGGGAUGCGUUGCAUGCAGCCGCCAGCGCCUUCGAGAGCCACGACCAUCAGCUGGCCCAGGCAAUCCUGGACGGCGCCAGCAUCACUCUGCCGCACGGAGCUCUAACGGAAUGUUACGACGAGCUGGGGAACCGCUACCAACUGCCCGUCUACUGCCUGUCCCCGCCAGUCAACAUGAUCGAGGAGCGCUGGGACGAACCCGAUGGUUCUGACGCGGACUCUGGCACCGCAGACGCCUCUGCGGGCGGCGACCCUGGCUCCGCUGGGGAGUGCCAGCUGCGGCUGCGCCUCUCCACGGGUCGGGAUCUCCGGCUUCCGGUGCGUUCUGUAGAUACGGUGGGCAUGAUGAAACGGCGUCUCCAAAGCCAGGAGGGCGUGCCCGCCACCGCUCAGCGCUGGUUCUUCUCAGGUCGGCCGCUGACGGACAGACUGCGUUUAGACCAGCUCAACAUCUCGCGAGACUACGUGGUGCAGGUCAUCCUCAGCCAGCCGCCGCAGCCACCACUGCCUUCAACGCCGGCGCACACGGCUGAGACAUUUGGCUCUGGCCAGGAAGAGGAGCUGCAGCAGGAACCCAUGCCUGUGGAGAAUUAGCUCCGCCCAGUCGGUCAGUAUUUCGGUGGAACUCUGAAGAAAAAAAAACUAUUUGCUCUUGAAAGGUUUCUAUGGAAACCAAACAGAACCUUUGUCACUGGCAACGUGGACUCUUUAUGAGGCGUGUAGUAGCUCAUCGUGCUAACGUGGCAAGACUGAUGCAGCUGGAUUAGAUGCUUUAUAUCCCGCUACAAUCACUCUAUCAUGGUUGAGAGUGUGUUUGUGUGCGUAUGUGUGUUCUGGUACAUGAUGAAGACACAUCGUCAUCCUCCAUUACCUUCAGCAACAGGAGGAUACAGCUGCAUAUUUUGAUUGAAAAUGAAAUCUUUUUUAAUUAAAAUGAAUCUUUGUUUCUAAUUUUG